AUGUCGUCUUCAAGCUGUACUGUUUGCGGCUCCAAACAAUCGAAAAUAAUGGAUGGCCUGAUGUACUGCGAAGUUUGUGGUACUCAAAUAUUUGACUUUCGCGAAGCCGAAGCUGACGAUGAGCAACCAGUUAGUGGAAUUGGAAAGAUUAGAACUAAAAAAGUCCGAGAGCUUCGAGACAAAUCUUUGGGGAAAACAGAUUCGGUCGCCGUGGGUCUCUCCACAGCAGUGGAGCGGAGGAAGCGGAAGGGUGAAUUUCUUCAAAAAUUGACGCCUAGCGGGAAUUCGGGAGCUGCUGGACAUGUGAGACCGAGCAAAUCUGUGAAUGAGAUUACAUCCGGCCGAGAGCAUGCUCCAUCUUAUUUACGGUGUGUUGGAACAAGACUUGCUGCUUUCACUAAAAUUCUUGCGAAAGGUGUUGCUUUUAUUCGGAGAGAUCCUGCAAUACCCGACAGUUUUACAGACCACACUUUCGCCAUCUAUCAACGAUAUCUCUCGGUGUGCAACGUAGCUUAUACACCUAACGACUAUACCGAUGAUGUGGAGAAGAUGUUUCGAGCUCUCGUGCUUAAUACAAAUAUAGCCUUCGAGAAAGCUCGUGAAAAGAAGACAAGACUAGAAAGAAGAAAAAAACGAGGAAAAGAAGUCCUAGAAAAGUCUCUUACUGCCUGGGAUCUACUAAUGGGAGACACUUUAAAUGAAGAUCUACAGCUUCGUUCUGAUGAUGAACAAUCUGAAAACGAAGAAGAGAGUACCGUGGCCCCCUCUGUCUCUACGACAUCAAAAAAGCCUAAAUUGGUGACGGUUAUAGACACAAAGAUACCUAAGGAGAUCUUAGAAAAUGCUACUUCUUUAUACUUAGCGAUGGACGUUUUUGUAGCGAUACUAUACGUUUCCGUGAUGACCAUUGGAUGUCGCUGGAUAACACUUUCUGAUAUUGUGAGGUGGAUUAGAGAAGAUAGAAUGAGAAUUACAGUGUUCCAAAGCACAGCUUUGGACUUUGGAAACGUUCAAGGAUCUAAAAAAUCAAAGACUGGGAGUUGGUCGAAGAUGGAUCUCCCUCUAUACGAGUUUCAACGUACAGCGUUGUUUAUUUGGCAAAUCUGUCGUUUGCCACCGACACCUGUAAAAGUUGAUUUCAAGCAAAUUGUAGCCCGCUUGCUGUACCAUGUAAACCUGCCUGAGACUAUGAUGGAUCGCGUUUUGGUGGUGAUGAGUGCUGCUCCGCCAUGCAGACGCUUGGAUGAUGAGAGCUUGAGAAGACAAGGUCGCAUUGAACAGGGUCCAUUUGCACACGGAUUUCGUACUUGUGGGAGAAAAAAGUUUGCUUUAUCGCAUGUACUGGACGUAUUCGGUCGCUUAAGGAGUGAUGACAACUAUAAAUGUACUGAUAUCUUUUUCUCCACCGAAACGAAAGCGUUCGCUUUUAUUUUGAUGGCGUUGAAGUUAUCGUUUGGUCUGGAUGACAAGAGGGAAGUUGCUUUCUCGAAACAGGCACAGGCAAGAGGAAAUAACGUUUUCAACUUCACUGAAUGGUUCUAUCAGCUUAAAAUGAGAAUGAUGUUUUGGGAGGGAUACAAUCCAUUAGACAUCCUACAAGCCAGUAGACCGGUUGAACCGUUGCUCUAUGGAGUCGAAUUCCCCCCUGGAGAAAAUACUCAUUUUUACAUUCAUACCAGUCAAGACGGAAGAAAUGCGUACUGUUCUCGCCGAUAUCCUCGGGACAGUGGAUUUACCCAUUGCAUUCCUACUACUAUGAGAAUAGAUAGCAGCACUUCAAUUCCCAACCCAUUUCCAGAAGACACCUAUUGUGCGUAUAGAAAUGACGACGAUUCACUGUACGCACCUUUGAGAAGUCAAGAGAAAACGCUACGAUCCUUUCUGACGAGACCGUUGACUGUCGACGAGAAAGAAGAGAUAAGAAUGAUGGUUGAAGAGAAUGCAGUAAAAGUUUUCAAGGCUAACUAUGAGAAGCGCGACUUGAUGGAGGGCACAUCAUCUGGUUCUGCUCCUGAUGAAGAUUUCCCAUCAAAUUGGCUUCUUCAUUUCCCCUGCGCGAAGGGUUACCAGCGUUAUCCUCGUCCCAACUGGACCAACGGAGGUAUUACACAUCUGAAAGAGAACGAUGAACGCAUUCAAAGAUUGAACAAGAGAAUGGGUUUGCAUACCAAAAACUCUGGCUUACGCAUGUUGUUUGCAUCUCGUAAAGGUGCGACAGACGCAUGGCUAACAGCUAAACCAGCAAUGAGUCAGAGUUUUGCUUCGCUGAUUCACUGGUUCUCGAAAAUUAUAGGUGAAGCAGAAAUGAUUCUUUACGCUGCUUUUUUGAUGCUUGAACUACAAAUAGUGGAGAAGAAGAGAUUCGAGGAAGUGAAGCAGAUUAUGGUUGACGGCAAGAUCUAUCCUAUUGAAAGUACGGCAGUACAUAGAAGUGGGAACCGCUCGUAUAAAACACUGUACAUAUCAGCCGCCGAAAAUGUAACCGAAGCUCACGAGAUUGAAGUGUUUCGUAUUGGGCUACCGAAGCACUGGGCAUCUGGUAUUCACAUUUCAAACUCAAGUGGUGAAUCGGAUGAAGAUAUGGAUUACAUUAGUGAUAGUGCAUCUUCCAGUGAGUAUGAUUCAGAAAGUACCGAAUCAGCAUACGAUCAGGAUACCCAGGGAGCGCAUGAAAGUCCCAAGAGCGGAUUAGGAAUACCUGAUGAAGCAGAAACGUCUACCAGAGAUUCCUCAGAAACACCAACUACUUCUGGCAGUUCUGCGACAGUAGCACCGCAAAGAGACCCACCGGAUCAUCAAUGUAAUGCCCGAGCUUACGAUUUUGAUACGAUAUGGAUGUUGACUGCGAUGCGGUACUGGUAG